AGAGAGAAACUGGACGGCUACGAUUACGAUCCGGUCCCUCUUCGAUUCGAUCUCCCUCUCUCUCUUUCUCUCUCAUCAUCGCGAUCUCUCUCUCUCUCUCUACCCCGCGCGAUGAACGACGGAGAUCUCCCGCCCGCAUCCGCCGCCGGAGAAGCGGCGGCGGAGGCGGUCGGGAGGGCGAUCGCGGCGGCGCUCGGCGGCGUGAUGCGGGAGUUCGACGCCCGAGCCGAGGGCGCCGCGCAGAGCCAGGGCGAGCUCGCCCUCUCCCUCGAUCGCCUCACGGGAGAGCUAGACAAACUAUUGGAAGACGCGCCAUCGCCAUUCGUCAUGCAACACGCGGCCAAGAUCUCCUCUAUUCGUAAGAGAGUUGCGGCUCUUAAUUUGCUCUUGAGGUCGGUACAAAGACGCAUAGAUAACAUCGACCGGAUCCUCUCUACAGGCAUACAAAGUGAUACUAGACCACCUGAAACAGUGGAAACAUCGACAUUGACUUUGUAAUUUAGGUCUUCACUUUCUUUUUAAAAGGUUUUUUCCGGAAGGGAUCGACUGAUCGAGUUCAAUGCUUGAGGGAGAUUCAGUUGAUUUUUAUGUUUGAGAUGUGAGAUGAGGCUUAGGUCUAUCCUUCGAAAGAAGGCGGUGGGGAAUUGCAGUUUUAGGCUUGUGCAAUUACAUCCCAGAAGAAUCUCUACUUGUACUCAAAAUAGAUAAAAAUUGUGAUGUUGUCAUCAUGCUCCAUUAUUUUUUCUUUUUUCACUGUAUUUAGAGAGAACAAUUUUUUUUAUUUCCCUUGGAAAUUUUUUGAUUUAUACUGAAGUAAGUAUAGCAACAGUUUGAACCAUUUGUACUUGUAUUCAGAUUGAAGCUGGAAUAGAUCAAAUAGUGUCACAGUUUUGAGUUUGAAUGUUUCAA